AUGCGAAGCUUAGAAGAUGAUUUUGUUGUCUCGCAAUACACCAUUUUGCCAGAAAUUGUCAACAGUGAAUACUGGAUGAACCAACCCUGCAGUGCUGAUGAGAAAUGCUAUCGGAAGUCUCCUAUAGAUACUGAACAGUUAUUUAUGGAGUUAAUAUCACAGAGACUUUCACAGGGUUUCCAGCUAAUCAUCCUUCCAAAGAGUUUUGCUGAUUCUUUAUUCAUUGCAGGUUGUCGUGGUGCUGGAUUCUAUCGGUCCCUGCAAAAUAAGAAUGAAGAUGGGGAAGUUUGUUACCUGAGUAUCGGACGUGUUUACCAUCGCCUCACUCGAAUUGACAAUACUGUCAAAGUGACUCGGUAUAUGCCCAGACACCCACAUCGGCUGAUGUACUACAAAUAUAGGUAUAGGUUUCAGGCACCAGAUUCCAGCCAUUAUAAUUUGUCUGAGACUGACUUUAGUAAUGAGAAAUUAGAAAAUUAUAACUGGAACUACUUGGACCAUUUUAUUUGUACCCGCGGUGAAGGUGAAUAUAAUUUGCAAAAGAACAUGAAAUAUUGGCGCAGCAGAUUCUUUUUGCUUCCUUGUAACAAUGCUACUAAGAAAAUAUCAGAAACUCAAAGCCUUGCUUCAAAGUGUGAUAUUUAUGAAGAGGCUAACCGGAACUUGUUCAGUUUCAUUCGUUUUGCUGAAUUUUUGAACAAAAUCAAACGUACCCAGCAGAAUCGGCGGAACACGAAGGCUUCCAGUCAACAUGUCCAGAAUGCAGCAGUUUCUGCAGCAAAUACAGCUGCUGCCGUCCAAAGUACUGCAGGAUCUGCAGCUGCUGCUUCAAGUACAUCAGUUCCUGGUGGAGAAGGCAGUACUGUUAACAAUCAGCCGGCUACAACAAUCACAGAAAACUUAACUGGCCAAGAAGAAAGAUUGUCUGCUGAUUCUCAUCCCCAGAAAAUAAUCCAAGCCAUGUUGGAUCCAAAGUAA